AGAGGAGUGUCAUGGGAAUGUUUCCAGCCGUUUGAACGCUUUUGUAACAUCAUGGCACAGCCAGGUUACGGGUACCCACCGCCUGUGGAAAGUAACCCUCAACUUCAAGGAGGUUAUCAACCACCUCAAGGAGGUUAUCCACCGCUUCAAGGUGGUUAUCCACCACCUCAAGGUGGUUAUCCCCCACCACAAGCAGGUUAUCCACCGCCGGCGCAACCUGGAUAUGCUCCCACUCAACCUGGCUAUGCACCGCCUGUUAGCCAACAACCUGGAUUUGCAGCCCCAGCUCCUGCAGGUUAUGGACAAAUGCAAUGGAUGCCUCCUCCCCCAGUUCCAGCGAACUGUCCUCCAGGACUGGAAUAUCUAACCCAAAUAGAUCAACUUUUAAUAAAACAGCAAGUCGAACUCCUAGAAGCUUUCACUGGCUUUGAAACCAACAACAAAUACAAGAUUUUGAACAGCAUGGGACAGCAGGUGUUUUUCGCAGCGGAAGAUACUGAUUGCUGUACACGACAGUGUUGUGGCCCAGGAAGACCUUUUGAAAUGAAAAUCCUGGACAAUCAUCAGCAGGAAAUUGUGCAUUUGACUCGUCCUCUGCGUUGUCAGUCUUGCUUAUUUCCUUGUUGUCUUCAAGAGAUUGAAGUGCAAUCACCACCUGGGACAGUCCUUGGCUACUGUGCUCAAGAAUGGUCAAUAUGCAUUCCUAAGUUUACAAUCCAGAAUGCUGACAGAGAAACAAUCCUGAGAAUUGAAGGACCCUUCUGCCAGUGCAAUCUCUGUGGAGAUGUUGACUUUCAGGUGCUCUCUGCAGAUGGCCAGAAUCAGGUUGGAAGAAUUUCUAAACAGUGGACUGGUUUGGUAAAGGAGGCGUUUACUGAUGCAGACAACUUUGGUAUCACAUUUCCUAUGGAUCUUGAUGUGAAAAUGAAGGCUGUUGUACUUGGUGCUUGUUUUCUCAUUGAUUUCAUGUUCUUCGAGCAAGCACAGAACCAGGACAAUAGCAGUUAUUAAUCAGUACCACCAGAAAAGUUUAUCAAGUUUAGCAGGGAAGGAACCAGAAAAGAGCAUGUAUACGUAAUGUUUUGCAGGAGUGCAGAGAAAUUUAUUGCUAUAUAGAGAUUGUCAAUGACAUGGGCAAUCCAGCCUUUCACUGAAGCUGUAUACCUUUUUAUUUAUUUAUUU